GAAAAAAGGAUAUCGGAGCUCUUUAUCGGAACACCUUCAACCGUCAGUCACUGAGUCAGAAGUCUACACCCUUACGAACCUCACAUACCCUGAAAUCUUCGUUAGCUUUCUCAAUUUUAUCGUCUGAACUCGUCCGCACCCUUUAUUGCCAAUCACCUAAGGCUCCUCCACCAUGGAGAGCUUUGAUAACAUCUACCUCGACCUCUCCAAACAGCACGGCAAGUGCAAGCUCGCAGAAUCCGGUCUGGGAUGGAAGCCCUCCGGAGGAGGGGAAACCUUCACGCUCGACAGCAGCAACAUCGGCGCGGCCCAGUGGAGCCGUGCGGCGAAGGGAUAUGAGCUGAAAAUCCUGUCGCGCUCCUCCGGAGUCAUCCAGCUGGAUGGAUUCGAUCAAGAGGACUUCGAACGUGUGAGCAAAGCGUUUAGGAUCUGGUACGGCAUCAACUUGGAUAACAGAGAGCACGCCCUCCGCGGCUGGAACUGGGGCAAGGCGGAAUUCACGAAAGCAGAGCUCUCCUUCAACGUGCAGAACCGACCGGCCUUCGAGAUCCCUUACUCCGAGAUCUCGAACACGAAUUUGGCGGGAAAGAACGAGGUCGCCGUGGAGUUCGCCCUAGGAGGCGAUGGCAAUGCGCCUGCGCAGCCCAGCGGCAGCACAAAGAGUCGCGGUCGGAAAGCCGCCGCGGGUCCGGACGAGCUGGUCGAGAUGCGGUUCUACAUUCCCGGAACGGCAGUGAAGACGGAAAAGGGCAUCAAGGAGGAGAACGCGGACGAUGAGAAUGCGGAUGGCGAGCAAGAAGAGGGCGAGGAGCAGAAUGCAGCGAACCUGUUCUACGAGACACUGAUGGAGAAGGCUGAGAUCGGAGACGUGGCGGGUGACACUUUUGCCACUUUCUUGGAUGUGCUACACUUGACGCCCAGAGGUCGUUUCGAUAUCGACAUGUACGAGUCCUCCUUCCGGUUGCGUGGUAAGACAUACGACUAUAAGAUUCAAUACGCAUCUAUCAAGAAGUUCUUCUUGCUUCCGAAGAACGAUGAUACCCACACAUUGAUCGUCCUGGGCCUGGAGCCUCCGCUACGGCAGGGUCAGACUCGCUACCCUUUCUUGGUUAUGCAGUUGAAGCUUGAUGAAGAGAUCAGCUUGGAGCUCAAUAUGACAGAUGAGCUCAUGGAGACACGCUACAAGGACAAGUUGGAACCUCGUUACGAGGAGCCAAUCCACCAGGUGGUCACCAAGAUCUUCCGCGGGCUCUCGGGCAAGAAGGUCAUCAUGCCAUCGAAGGAUUUCGUCAGUCACCACGGUCACAGCGGAGUCAAGUGCUCGAUCAAGGCCAACGAAGGCCUCUUGUACUUCUUGGAUAAGAGCUUGAUCUUCGUUCCUAAGCCUGCCACGUACAUUCAACUCGAGAAUGUUGCCGUGGUCACCAUGUCUCGUGUUGGCGGUGCAAUCUCAGCCAGUAGAACGUUCGAUAUCACAGUCAGCCUCAAGGCUGGCUUGGGCGAGCACCAAUUCAGCAACAUCAACCGGUAGGGCCUCCAUUCAAACCCCUAUUAACUGAACGGUAGCUAAUGCU